CAUAUGAAUGCAGAGAUCUGGGGAGAUGGCUAGGAUGCGUGGAAGCCAGGCUGGACAGGACAGGGACAAUGCCUGUUCUCUCUAGGACUGCGAGAGGAAAUGUCUCACCCCCUGGUGGCUCCGGCCUGGGUGGGGUGUCCCCUGGGGACAAUGAGAGGAAGUUUUGCUCCAUGUCCUCACAUCAUCUUGGCUCCUUAUAAAAGCUGGAAUCCUCGCGCUGGUGAGCCCAGCAAGAUGGGCUUACUGUGGACCCCGCUGUCUUUGUUCCUCCUAUUUGGGGGGCCUGCUUGCCUGAGGACCCAGGAACACCCCAGAUGCCCAGAACCCAGGGAACUGGACGCCAGCAAAGUUGUUCUCUUGCCCAGUUGUCCUGGAACCCCAGGAAGUCCUGGGGAGAAGGGAGUGCCAGGUCCCCAAGGGCCCCCCGGGCCGCCGGGCAAGAUGGGUCCCAAGGGCGAGCCAGGAGAUCCAGUGAGCCUGCUCCGGUGCCAGGAGGGCCCCACGAGCUGUCAGGAGUUGCUGAGCCGGGGCGCCACCUUGAGUGGCUGGUAUCACUUGUGCCUACCUGAGGGCAGAGUCCUCCCAGUCUUUUGUGACAUGGACACUGCAGGGGGCGGCUGGCUGGUGUUCCAGAGGCGACAGGACGGUUCUGUGGAUUUCUUCCGCCCGUGGUCUUCCUACAAAGCAGGCUUUGGGAGCCAGGAGUCCGAGUUCUGGCUGGGGAAUGAGAAUUUGCACCAGCUUACUCUGCAGGGUACCUGGGAGCUUCGAGUAGAGCUGGAAGACUUUAUUGGCAAUCGCACCUUUGCCCGCUAUGAGACCUUCCGCCUUCUCGGAGAGAAAGACCACUACCAGCUGGCGCUGGGCAAGUUCUCAGAGGGCACUGCCGGGGACUCCCUGAGCUCCCACAAUGGGAAGCCAUUUAGCACCUUUGAUGCCGACCACGAUUCAAGAGAGGGCAACUGUGCAGUGAUUGUCCAUGGUGCCUGGUGGUACGGAUCCUGCUACAGAUCUAAUCUCAAUGGGCUCUACGCGGUGUCCGAAGCCACUGCCUCCAAGUAUAGUGUUGACUGGGCCUCAGGCCGAGGCGUGGGCCGCCCCUACCGCAAGGUUCGGAUGAUGCUUCGCUAGGGCCCCCUCACAGGCAGUGCCCUUAUCUCUUCUGUACAGCUUCCGGAUCCUUAGCCACCUCCCCACAGCCAACCGCCUCUGCUUCCCUGUCCACAUCUAAAAAUAAAUCACUUUAACCCUU